GCAUCGCCUCCAUGCAACUGACCACAUAACAUUGAAUUCUCUGCCCAUCUGCGUCUCCAUCCUCCGCUUUGAAUUCUAUCACCGUCUCCGCUUCGCUUCGCAUUAUACUAGACCCCGGGACUCCGACUCGUCACAACUUGUGAAACAAGCCACCCGAUACCCCAUGGAGACCGCCCCAGACGCAUUCAACCCAGCUGUCGCAAAUGACAGAGGCUCGCCCACCGAGCGCGCAGCGAAGGACAUCGCUUUUGGAAGCGUCGCGGGAAUGGCCUCGAAAGUCCUCGAGCACCCGUUCGACCUCACCAAAGUGCGCCUGCAGGCCCAGGUCCUCGACUCUACCGCGCGCUUCAGCGGGCCGCUCGACUGCCUCGCGCAGACGUAUAACAAGGAAGGCGUGCGGGGGCUCUAUCGCGGUCUCCCGGCGCCCAUCGUCGGCGCCAUGGUCGAGAACGCGUCCCUCUUCCUCACGUACGGCGAGCUGCAGAACGCCGUGCGCGCGCUGAGCGGCCUCGCGCCGACACACGCGCUCUCCCUCCCGCAGCUCGCCCUCGCGGCCGGCGGCGCGGGAGCCAUCACCAGCUUCCUCCUUACGCCGAUAGAGCUCGUCAAGUGCAAGAUGCAGGUCCAGAUGCUCGUCUCCGCUCCCGCAGCCCUGCCCUCCGCCCCCGGCGCCGCCUCCGUGCGCUCCCUCCCCGGCCCGCUCGCCAUCAUCGCGCACACCUUCCGCACCACGGGCCUCCGCGGGUUCUGGCUCGGCCACACCGGCACGCUCAUCCGUGAAACCGGCGGCUCCGCCGCAUGGUUCUCCACCAAAGAAUUCGUCGCCUCCCUACUCCUCGCGCGGCACCCGCAGCCCUACUCCCCCUCCUCCUCCUCCACCGAUGAUGCAUAUGACACACACGCAGCCGCCCGCCCGCGUGACCUCGCGUCCUGGGAGAGCGCGCUGAGCGGCGCGUGCGCGGGCGCGUCGUAUAACCUCGCGCUCUUCCCCGCGGACACCGUCAAGAGCACCAUGCAGACCGAGGCUGAGCUCCGCCCCGGGUCCGCCCCCGCCGGCGGUGGCGGGCGCUCGUUCUGGGGCGUCGGGCGCGAGAUGUACCGCGCGCAGGGGAUCCGCGGGCUCUACGCGGGCUGCGGCGUCACCGUCGCGCGCUCGAUACCGAGCAGCGCGGUGAUUUUUUGGAUAUAUGACGGGUUGAAGGCGCGGUACGGCUAGAACGGGCGGGUCGACGGGCGGAUGGAUGUGCGGGCGGGAGAUUUGCUUUGCGAGCGAGGACGAUUUGCAAGUGUUAGUGUCAUUGGGGCACUCAUGGAUAUAUUAUACUAGAUGGAGGGGCGCAUUGUAGAUCGACCUUGCUUUCGGUGCGUUUUUCUGUAAGUUCCAUAGCGACUGCGCUCGACCGCUCGUCGAAUCGUCGAUCAAUGUUGCGAUGUCGGGAG